CGCAGACAAACAACUUUAUUGCAGGACAAGUUGGACAAGCACUGACUGACUGACUGGGAAGUGCAUUCAGCUGCAGACAGGUGUGUUUCUCUCUGCAGUCAUGACUGAGUCCUUUGACAAAGCAGUGCAGGAGGUAAAGGUGCUGAAGCAGAAGCCAGACCAAGAAGAAAUUUUAGCCCUAUAUGGUUUAUAUAAGCAGGCCACAGCUGGAGAUAUUAACACAGGCCGUCCAGGGAUGUUUGACUUCACAGGAAAAGCAAAAUGGGAUGCAUGGGACGCAAGGAAAGGACUUUCCAAAGAUGAAGCAAUGGCCGCCUAUGUUGAUUUGGUGGAGGGGCUAAAGGAAAAAUAUGGAAUCUAGAGUCUGUUUGUCACAAAUGCUGCUGUGUCUGUAGAACUUAUCAUCAGUGGAAACCACUACUCUGUCAAAAGAUAAAACAAUUUGUCAAAGUAUUCCUACACUGUAUACAGUUUCUGAGGAUCUGUAUACAGAACUGGAUAUCAAAAAUAAAGACUUGAUCAUUAGGCUUCAGACUUAACCUGUUACUGUCCUCACAGAAAAACAACUUAUGAGGCCAAAUGUCCAACGUAUUGUCCCUCACACCCUGAACGGACACAGUUUGGGUGAAGCCCAUGUGGUUUUGUCGCAUUGUGCAAAAUGAGCAUUCAUUGAGUUCCUGCAGCUUCCUCUGAAGAUUCUGUUGCAUUAUGGGAAAUGUGGGAUCCAGUAUUUUAGGUGCUUUAUAAUAAUAAUAAUCAUCUUUAUUACCAUGCUCAGGACAAACAGUCAGGAUAUCUUGGCAUCUACUAUAUUUAUAUCCCCUAUAUAUUUAUAUCCCCUAUAUUUAUAGAAGUGUGUUACCACGUAUCUGUAGUGGCCCCUUUAAUUUGACUUUACAGAAUUUCAGCAGUUUUAACUCUGAGUAGUGGAUCCCUCCCAAAUUCUGUCAGCCAAAAUUUUAAACAUCUUGACAU